AUGGAGAGGCAGGGCCGUCUUGGGGACUCUGCGCUGCAUGACAUUGUCAGUGACAUAAACCUCAUGGAGAUUCACCCAAAGUCUACUUCAGCGUCAAAACAGCUCACAGACAGCUUUCUCCCCGCCAGUGGCUACCGAGACAGGCACACUCCAAAGGGAAAACACCGGACAUCACCUGCAUGAGACUGCCACAGGGAGCACACUUGCCUAUACCUACAGCCCGGGCUGUUUCUCACACACACACACACACCUCUCACACACACAUCUCACACACACACACACACACCUCUCACACACACACCUCACACACACACCUCACACACACACACCUCUCACACACACACCUCUCACACACACACUCAACACACACCCUCUCACACACCACCUCUAACACACACCUCUAACACACAUCUCACACACACACACACCUCUAACACACAUCUCACACACCUCUCACACACACCUCUCAUACACAUCUCACACACACACACCUCUAACACACAUCUCACACACCUCUCACACACACACCUCUCACACACACACACUCACACACACACAUCUCACAACACACACACCUCUAACACACAUCUCUAACACCUCUCACACACACACCUCUCACACACACACCGGGCGGUCAAAGUGGAGGCGUGUGAUCAACGUGGGCUAGCGUCAGGCGGCAAACGUUCGGGAGAGGAAGAGGAUGUUCAGUCUGACCGAGGCCUUUGACGAGCUACGGAGGAAAGUGCCGACCUUCGUUUACGAGAAGAGGCUGUCGCGUAUCGAGACGCUCCGCCUCGCAAUCGCCUACAUCUCCUUCAUGACGGACCUGUUAGGGAACACCUGA